AUGGAGACGGCAGACGGCAUGGAGAAAGGGGACGGCGGGGAGAAGGCGGGCAACGGCCACGCGGAGGGCGCGGCGGCGAGCGGCGGAGGGCGGCUGCAGGGCUGCCGGGGCUUCCUGCGGCGCAACGCGCUGGUGCUGCUCACCGUGUCCGGGGUGGUGGCCGGCGUGGUGCUGGGGGCCGCGGUGCGCGGCGCGGCGCUGGGCCCGGCGCAGGUGGCCUACCUGGCCUUCCCCGGGGAGCUGCUGCUGCGCAUGCUGCGCAUGGUCAUCCUGCCGCUGGUGGUCUGCAGCCUGGUGUCCGGAGCCGCCAGCCUGGACGCGCGUUCGCUCGGCCGUCUGGGCGGCAUCGCCAUCGCUUACUUCCUCGGCACCACGCUGCUGGCCUCCGGCCUCGCCGUCGCGCUCGGUUUCAUCAUCCGACCCGGAGCCGGCGCCUCCGCCCUCAACGCGCCCGGUCUGGGGCUGCCGGGCAGCGUACCGGCCACCAGCAAGAAGACGGUGGACUCCUUCCUCGACCUCGUCAGAAACCUGUUUCCUGCAAAUCUUGUUGCUGCUGCUUUCCGAACGUAUGCAACAGAUUAUAAGAUAGUGCUCAGAAACACUACCUCUGGAAAUGUCACGUUGGAAAAGAUCCCUGUUGGUACUGAGAUUGAAGGGAUGAAUAUCCUGGGGCUGGUGCUCUUUGCUCUGGUUUUAGGAGUGGCACUGAAAAAGCUUGGCCGGGAAGGAGAAGAUCUCAUUCGCUUCUUUAAUUCAUUCAACGAGGCAACUAUGGUCUUGGUUACCUGGAUUAUGUGGUAUGUACCUAUUGGUAUUAUGUUCCUUGUCGGGAGCAAGAUUGUGGAAAUGGAAGAUAUUGUGCUUCUGGUGACCAGUCUGGGAAAAUACAUCUUUGCCUCUAUUCUGGGCCACUUCAUCCACGGAGGGAUCAUUCUGCCACUCAUUUAUUUUGCAUCCACACGUCAAAAUCCGUAUCGUUUUCUCUUAGGACUUAUCACACCAUUUGCCACUGCUUUUGCCACUUGCUCCAGCUCAGCCACUCUCCCGUCGAUGAUGAAGUGUAUUGAGGAAAACAAUGGAGUAGACAGCAGGAUCAGCAGGUUUAUCCUUCCUAUUGGUGCAACUGUGAACAUGGACGGAGCUGCUAUUUUUCAGUGCAUGGCAGCCGUGUUUAUUGCUCAGCUGAACAACGUCGACCUCAACGCUGGGCAAAUCUUUACCAUUCUUGUCACAGCAACUGCAUCCAGUGUGGGUGCAGCUGGGGUUCCAGCUGGAGGAGUCCUCACCAUCGCUAUUAUCUUGGAGGCCAUUGGACUUCCCACCAACGAUCUCUCCUUGAUAUUAGCAGUGGACUGGAUUGUGGACCGAACUACCACAGUUGUGAAUGUGGAAGGGGAUGCCCUAGGAGCAGGUAUCCUCAAUUACCUGAAUGAAAAAGAAAAGAGAGGAAAAGAGCAGGAGCUAAAAGAAGUCAACGUGGAAGCAGUUGCUAACAGCAAGUCUGAAGAGGAAACGUCGCCGUUGGUAACCCACAAAAAACAAGUCUCCAACACAACCAGUACAUCAGACCCUGAAUCCAAGGAAUCAGUACUGUGAACUAGAAGCUGUUGGUCAAACACGUCUUAGAGGUGGACCAGGGACUUGUUAAUGCACCUAGACGUUUGCAGUGCUAGCAAGGGCUGGGCAGCUCUUGAAAAUUUUCAGUUCCAGUCUGUUUUGAAAUUUGCUGGCUUGGGGAAGGGAGGGAGGUGGGCUGGGAAGAAACGGGGUGGUGAGAAAGAGCACACACUUUGUAGUAGUAUUUUGAUAAUUCAUCUGUGUACCUGUAUAUAUGUGUUGCACGUACACACGUAUACAUGUAUACAUGUAGGCGAAAGCAAUGCCAAUUGAAAUGUCUGGUUUUACAAGAGAUCUCCUAGUGAAGGCUUAUGUGGGUUGGAUAUGGGGAAGCAGCCAACCCAAUGAGUGCUUAUGGUAGGGAGAAAUUAGUAAGCUUAUUGUGCUGCUCUUUGAAUGGAGAUACAGUUCAGAAACUCCACAGUGCGUGAGAAUGUUUCUUAAGUUUAGUUUCUGUCCUGGAAACUCUUACUGACAAUUACACAAUAUGGAGCAACAUUUUUCUCCCACUCCCCUUCCUCUGCUGUUCUCUGAUCACUUAAAAACAUCAAAUAUAACCUAGGAAGUAGGGUGUUGCUUUUUUUUUUAGUGUCGUAAGUGAACAAGGAGGUCCAAAUCUUAUUCCAUUCCCCCGCUACAUUGCAGUUUUCUUACCUUUUGGUGAGUAAUUCCCAAACUCUGGGACCAGACAAAGGAGAUAUUUGUGCAGAUCAAGGGCUGGCUAUCUCCUCCCCUCUUAGCAAGCUGUUGAGAAAAAAAAAAAUCCAGAGGAAACACGAAUUUUGUUAAAGUGAUCCCUCUGGGGCUAAAAAAAAAAUGUGGAGUCUGUUCCAGUAUAAAUAUCUCUAAAAGAAGCUUGUCUGUGACAACAUCAAGAAGUCAGUUCCCUUCGUGAAAACACACAUGCACGUUUGCUAGCACGCCAUGUCCUGCUUAUGUUUGUAUAAUGGGUCAGUCCAAACAAAUUAAGUCAUAUCCCUUUUCCAGCAAAACUGUGCAGGAGAAAAAAAUGUGAAUACACAUGUGGGAACUGACAAUAGGCAAGCCUGAUUGUUAGCUUGAAAGGGGAAAAAAGGAGGUGAAUUUCUAACCUGAUGUAGUUCAGUGAUCUCUGAUCUCUGGGACAGCUGUAUACUCAUUCCUGCUAGGAAUUUGGUCCUACUAUAAAUCCUUUUGGCAGCAGUUUACAUUUAAUUCUACAUGGUGCUGGGCCAGGGUAAUGCUUAAUAGCAGGUGGUAGCCUUUGCUUGGGGCUGACCCAGGUGCUUCUGGAUUCUGACUCCACCUUUUUCCUCUACCACAUGCUUCCUGAAUUUGCACUCCCCCAAACUUGAUCGAAGUCCAGCAAACAUUGCAAAACUCCUGUUGAUUUCUCUUGGCAUUUUGGUCAGGAGGUAGUUACAAAGUGAUGGCUGUGCAUAUAUGCCAAGAUUUGCCCUGGCCUCGUGGCACUAUCCCUUGGCUACUUUAACAAGGUGAGUGCAUGUGGUCAGUCCUCCACGCUGUAAACUCAGCAACAUAUAUUUACAGUUUGCUUUGGUAUACAAUAAUGAUCAGUCUCCCCUUGUUUUUUUUUCCCUGUUGCUUCAGAGGAAGCUAUCUUGAAAAGGUAUCCGGGUGCUGAUGUUUAUGAUCAUGGCAUUAGGAAGAGGCAGCUCCAAUUUUAUAGCAGCAGCAGCAGCAGCCUUCAUUUCCAAAGCAUCUUUCCUGGUAAAGGGACUCGAUGAAUUUUGCUAAAAGAUGCUCAGAACGAGAUGUGGCCACCUCUGAGGGAGAACACAGUGAGUGUGUCAUUACUGGCUGUUUAAUUGUGUGCAGCAGCCCUGUGCAAUUGGUCAGCCCACUGGAAAACUGCAGGUGGAGUUUCUUUUUAACCAGUUUAUUUAUAAUCAUGUCCACAAAAUUUGAUCAGUCCUCGUCUUGUUUUAAAAAUGAAAGGAGACAGUCGUUGUUCUCUAGGGCUCUCCUCUGCUCAGUAUUUAGUAUUUCAUUUUAAGCACAUCAGAACCUGCGGAAACUUUGCAUUUCCUCCCAUUAGAGUCAUCCCAACUCCUUGCAACUCAGGAAACCAGAAGCAGGCUUUGUAGCUGGCAGUGAGAGUCCUCAAAUGAAAGGUAUUUUGAUAAAUGUUGGAGGUUUUAAAAAAAAAAAUAAUCAGGGUUCUCAUCAACCCUCUCUUUUAUAAGAAAUAUUCAAAGAUUCAUGGAAAACUUUGACUGCACCAGAACGCCAGAAACCAUGGUUUUAAAACAGUAUGUGGAUAUUUUGAGGGGAACUGCAAAACACAACUGUUCCCUGCAGGCUGGGUUCUGUAGUUGGAUUUUUAUCUCCCAUCAGACAUUUAGCUCUUUUGAUGCUUUCCCUCACCAUGACACAUGCAGUUCAGUUGAGGUCAUGAGAGCAGGCAGCACCCAAGUGAACUGUCACGGCAGGAUUUGAGAAGUGAAUGUUUCUCAGUUUUGAUUUUUCGCCCCAAAGCUGAUGUUGCCGACAGAUAGAAGUACUCAUAAGGAGUUUGUCCAAAGGCUGGGCUUCUUCACAGGCACCACCUAGCCACUGCUCUGCUGAUAUUCCUUCCCUGUGGUGCUGCCACUUGAUUGUAUGUUUUCCCUCUAGCAGGAUGCUGUGGGAUGUUCUUUCUGACAGUAGAUUCCAGAAAAUGAUUAAAUUAAAGCCAAUUAUCUCUGAUUUGUCUUAAUAUUUUUCACUAGCAAUGCAGAAUGUGAACAUCUUUGCUGAAGAAUGCCUCUCCCAGUCCCUGUUAGAUGAUUGUCAUGCUUUGCAUCAGUGUGAGUGUGUAGUCCCAUGUAAGGCUUGUUAGAGCAUUUGGGCAUAAGGUCAAGCACUCCCAUAGCUGGAAUUUAACAAAGGAAUUUUAACACUCCUCCUGGAAACAGGUGCCAUAGGGUCUAUACGAGCCAUUAAGUAUUCAGAGCCAGUCUUCUUAACCUGCCACAAAUCUGUAAGAUUACAAAAGCUCUGCUUUAGACUCAAAAAGCUGCCAAUUCUCUUGUUGUUUGCACACAGUGAGAGGAUCCCACAGUUUUCUAUGGAAACACAAAUGUCGGGUAGUGACUGCUUUUCAGAGUACCUUACUGGUCUUGUUUGUAUUGUCUGUGUCAGAAAUUACAUUUCUUGUUUUUCUACGAUGUUACCAUUGCAUUUGAUGGCCAUGCCAUGUCUUCUAGGGCUCUCUGCUUGACUUCAGAUUAUUUUUUUGAUAAGGUACAAAUGUAAAAGAUCUAUUAUUGUACUCUCCUGGACUGUAUUAAAAAAAAAAAAAAAAAGUGAUACCUACCAACAGCUGCUCUCGUAAGAGUGUGAAUCCUGAUUGAAAGCCCAGUGAGACAGAAGACUUGCCAUUUGCUUCCAGUGGUCAAGGUCUUCAGGUAAGGUCACUGGGAGAGAAAUAGAAGGGCUGUUGAAGGUUGUGCGUUUUUCUGUGCUAUUUGGAUGCAGUCCUCAACCUGCACUGUUGCCCUGGGAUCUUCCUAUUUCAGGUCUCCAUGCAGCCUCAUACCAAGAGGCUGCAAGCUGACCAAGAAGGUGCUGCUCAGCAGCAGCACAGGUGCAGCUAUUAACACCUGCUCUGUGUUUACCCAGGAAUUCCAUGAAUCUGAUGCCAGUAUGGUACUGAACUCCAACAUCUGUUGACUAGGCAUAUGUUUGAGUUCUCCCAACUUGACUGUAAAGUGGAAAUUUUUAGUCAGUUGCUUUUGAUUUCAGGAGGAAAUAAAUUCAAUCUAGAUAAUGCUGGUUUUCUUUUUUGGCUUUAGACUUUCUUUUGGAAAAUACAAAUCCUUUAAUCCCUUCUGGUGUUUUCCUUAAGGUAUCCACAUCCCUUGGAGAUUGUGCACUGCCAUUGCCUUUCCUGCUGCAAUUCACAGUCGUUUCACUUUUAGACUUCUGUUGGGCAUAUGACUUGGGUUCAGGUGUUAUUUUUCCUUCUUAAUAGCUGUUUCUCGUAAGAGGAGCUCCAGUCACAUCCUCUCAAUGCAAGGGGACUACUAGAGGCAUCUCCUUCUGUAUAAAGUUAGUUACCACCAUGGAGGCCUUUGUGGUGUGCUGGUGAAACUGAACUGGGAAAGAAAAUUCUAGUGUUAUUAGUCAGAAAGGGUGGAUAUGCAUACACAGCAAGCUGUGGUCAGAAAAGCCUCUUCGUUUUAGGAAAGUAGGCUACAAACAGCUUGUGUCCUAUCCUCUAAUACUGUGAUUGCAUUUUGGGAGAAAAUUACAGAAACAUGGAAAAGUUUGUAAGCCCUGGGCGUGCCCAAUCCCAUUUCGUCUCAGACCUUAUUUUUUUACCUUCUUUAUUUCAGUGAUGUGUCUUUGACUGUUUGGGACCAUCUCUAAUUUCUUCUUUGAGACUGAAUUUCCUCUCUGUUAUUUAUCAGUCACUGACUCAUCUCCUUGCUUUGUCUGCAGUUCCCUAGCUAUUUUUAUGUGUUGAUGGAUCAGUGGACAUAGUUUUGAGUUGGAUCAGCUUCAGCUGGUCCUUAGGAAUGCAUUUUGCCCUUACCUCACCAAGGAUUAGUGAGACCUAGUAACUUAGAGAGUUGCUUUGAGUGUGCUGAGCGGCAUCUGUCAUCCUGAGAAAGGUGCUUGCUUUGUGCUGUGAGACAUGGCUGUUGAGGCCUGACUGGCUCUAGUGAGCAAUGAAGGGUGCCAGCACAUGGUUACUGUUAGAAUAUGUUCAGUAGACCGGUAUUCCCAGGAGCAGAGCUUUAGCUGGGUCCCUGCUUGCACACUGGUAGUUGCACUACAAGAUUCAGUAAUUGCAAAGGGCUUUAAACCUCUAUUGGGAUGUCUCUUGCAAACUACAAACCAGGGUUAAACACAGGGCUUUUCCUGUAGCAAUGUGACAAUCAGAGCUGUGUCCUUUUGGCAUAAUAGAAGCAGGGAGCCAGCCAGGGUACAGGAGCAGCUGGUAAAACAGCUUCUGCUUUGUCUGCUGGGCAGCCGUGUUACUACCAAAGAGGCCAUGCUCUGAGCUGGACACAGUGGGAGAUUGUCAGGGUAGUUUUGUGUGUUUGCUCUGUUUCUGUACUCUUCCCUGAGCAUUUACUCUGGCUGGAGCAAGAGAUGGGCAUGACCCAGUGGUGACCAUUUUUAGAUUAAUUCUCUUGUGUGUGAAACCAGAUGUUUGGGCAGUUUGAUGAAGAGAGACUUUCUGCUUUUAGUCAAGUGAGAGGCCCUGGUAUCUUUGUGACUGCCCAUUCUGCAUGUGUUGCAGGAUGCUUCCUUGAGGGCUUGCCUAAUGUACAAAACCACUGCUUCUUUCUGCAAAGAUCUGUAGCUCUGAUUAACACUCCAGACUGAAUUUUCAGUCCUGUCUUCUGCGAGCGCUGCACAUUUCUUCAACUCCUCAAAAGCACUCUUCUGUUGGAAAUCAUGAGCAACAUGUUUCAGAUAGGAAGUCAAAGGAUCAACACUCAAACUCUCACCAAAGAGGAAUGUCACGUUUUUGUGGAUUUAAACUGGGCAGCUUAAAGUACUUGCAGACCUGCCUGUAAUGACUGCUACUGUGAGUGAUGAACAACUCAGAAUUAGGCAGGUUGCACAAAUCCUCUGCUUGCAGUUCAUUUCCUAUAGAUGACCUUUACAGGUACCAUUCUCUCACAGAAAAUAAUGUGGAGGGUAGUGAAUCACGGUGUUUGUGAAGCACUCUUAAGGUACUGUGCACUAAAUCUUGGAUAAUAAUGAACUUAUCAAAAACUCUGAAAGGAAUCAAGUAAUUGUAGUAUGUAUCAUUAAGUCAGAGUUGCAUUGUGCUGGCAUGGAUGACUGGAUGAUCAGAGACCCAGUGUAUGCAUUUGCAGGAAGAAGAGUGGGAGCUGGUGUCGGUGAGUUGCUCUGCUGUCUGCCUCCUUCCAUCCUUCUGGGAUGCCAUGAAAGUCCAGGCUUAGGUAAAAUAACAGACAUCAUAGUGGAUUCAACACCUAAAUGGGGAGCCUUGUCAGCUUAGUUUCUGCUUAGUUUCAGUGGAAGAGCUUUUCAACUAACAAAACAAGUUGUCUUAUGGCAGUACGGGGAAAAGGUGGGGAAAAAUGAGAAUGGCAGGCAGAUCAGACAGGAUAAGUGGGUAAUGGAUAAAGCAGCUAAGGCUUUGAAGGAAGCAUCUUUCCCUUGGUGUUUUGAUAUGGAUAUCAUCAAAAAGACUGCACACAUUUGUCCUGCAUGGAGUGGGGACAGUGCAAAUCCCCACCUGCUAACUGGCCAGGUGUUACAGGGAGAGGCAGAGAUCAGUGCUGGUGCUGUUGAAGUGUACUGUCACUGAGCAACAAGUAAGCAUCAGCAUGGGGCUCUGAUAAGCUGCUCUUGGCUGCUGGCCACGAUCACAGAGAAAUAAACAGCACAGCUCUGGAUCAGGAUUUGACCCACAUUCCUCCUUGCAGUGUAGCUCAGUGUAUGCUUCUCGGAUAGCCAUUAUUCUAUGAGGACAAAGAAGACCUUAUUAUCUAGAUGGGCACAUCGGUGAGAGCCAUGUUCACUUGCUGCUUCAGGGGACAGGGAAAAGGAUAAGGCAAAUGGUCUUAAACUUUUCCAAACGUUGGGCAAUACACUGUGACAGUUGGCACUAAAUAUUUUAAGUCAGAUGAAGAGUGAUUAAGGGCCUUAUUUGGAUUUCACAGCUCCCUGUUAUUGCAUCUGAGCACUGUCUUGGGAAGUUAAUGUUAACAGAGUGUUUAUUCUCUUCUUGGGGUCUUACAUUUUUGACUAGCAGGCACUAUUUCACAGUUCAGCAGUGAGUGUAGGCAGAAAAAGGAAAAUGCUUCUUUGAGUCAUCAGGCAGUCUAGGAGCAGACUUCAGAUCCUGAAACCAAGGCCAUUGUUAGCUAACAGUCAUCUCCCCUGUAAAGGUCCACAUUCAGAGGUUUAUAAAUACAUUUGGGUAUUGAUAUCAUAUUAUUAAUAGCAUGUUAGUGCAGGAUUGUGACUCAUCUUUUUUGGCAGGAUGGAAGAAGAGAACUCUCCUGUAGGAGAGUUAUCUUCUCUCUAGGAUGACUUUUUUUAGUAGAAAAAGAACACUACUUUUCCAUUCAAAGAGCCUCAGCACCAACAGGUACAUCAUCCUCAACAGCUAUGAAAUCUGACUUGGAUUUAAGCACUGAUCUCAAAGGCAACAGGAGGUGAUAGCUCUGAACAUUUCAGCAGCCAGCUGCUCUUUCUUGAAGUCCUGCCCAAGAGACAUUUAUAAUUGUCUUCCCAAAGGCAAGGCAAACAAGCAUACUGACAGGAACUACUGUGAGGAAAUGAAUUUUGAGCCAGCCCUGUUGUAAUGCAGACUUAAUGGUGUGGUUUUAAGAUGUGGAGAGUACGGAGAAGUUCAGUAUGAGAUGUUCCUUGAGGUAGCUCUCUCUUGGUCGUUAUCUUAACAACACUCUGGUGUUGUUAACAUACACUUUGCAGGUGUGCAUUUAGGAACUGAAAUUAACUGCAUAGGUGAUGUCAGUACAACUAGAUUUCUGUUACACAUUGCAGAAAGGGGUCUUUUCUGAAGGAAACUGUUGCCACAUGCCUGAAUCCCCUGUGCUCCCCCAGAAAUAAUUGUACUUAACCAUGAAAGUACCCCGAGUAUUAACUGCUACACACUGUAGCUUUUUAAGAUCCUGAAGGAAUGCCACAAAAUGGAUGAGCCAGGUCCUUUGUUGAUGUGCAUUAACGUGAUUUCAUGAAGCUUUCAGUGGCCUGUGGACUUCUGGUGGAAUGGCACUCUCUGGCAGGAUAGGGGUUUGAAUUGGUUCUCUUUUAAAAACAUAAUGUUCUUGAAAAUGCCCGGUAAGUUGGAACUUGUUGGCUAUAGCUAGAGGCAUUUUAUGUGCUCACAGUGUUCUCAUGAAUUAGUGCCUCCCAUAAGAUAAAUGUGUUUUCUAGAUGGCCAUGUUGAUGUAGAAUCAAGGCUUCCUGAUGUUUGGGUCGGUUUUCUUUCUCCAUAUCUCUCUUGCAUGUUCUGCUGUGGUCCUUGGAAUUUGCUGAGACUGCAGCAGGACUAGGCUUCUAGAGUACCUGUGCUAAACUUAAACAUGUCCUGGCCUCCUCUGAGGACACAGACCAUCUCACAUCCUUUUAUGGGGGGGACGAAGACGAUUUUAACUUCGGAGGAAGAGCUGGAACUGAAAACAAGCCUACUUCAAGGCAGUACCUUAAUAGCAUUUUAUCUAAUCAGUCCAAUAGCCAUGACCAAGCUGCCGAGCUAGCCUUGACUGCCUCUCUGGUCUUACCCCAUGGUAGAUGCACUGUUGGCAUUACUUCCCCAAGGAGCAAUGUGGAAGUAAUGUGUUCCCCAUCCCUGAAUGUUCCUGUCUUUUAAGAACAUAGUCUUAUCAGACCUUCUCUGUUACUAUCCUGGCUGCACUGUAAGGUCGCGCACAAAGCUCGCGCUGCACAGGAUGGAGGCUGUAUGUAGCACUAGGAUAGCUGGGUGAACCUCUGCUGACUGCAGCUGGGUCUUUCCUGAAUUGCUGCUGCUUUAUGGCAGAUUGAGACCGACUCACUCACACAUAGUGAGGGUGACAAUUCUGAUGAGCCCUCUGGAUUCAGGGCCAGCAGGUCCACCCCUAAGACACAAGGCGUCUGUUGCUGCAAGAUACAUGAUCUGCCUUACUACCCUUAAAGGUGCCUUGUUUGGCUUUUCAAUAUAACUAUGCACCAAAGGCAAGAGACUCUGUUAUCCCUGCAGACAGGAGGGAGAACAAGGAUGACCUGGCGUGAAACAGACAGGGAAAGUGAGUUUCUUUUCUUUAUCCUCUAAGUUUUCUGUUGGCAGUCCUGCCUCUGAUGCUCUUAUGUGUAUGUGCUUUUAUUUCUACCGGAGCAUAAAUCACUCUAAGUAGGAGGGAGGAUUCUUGUAUUUUUAUAUGCUGAGCCAUUUGAUUGAUUAAUUUAAUAAAGCGACACACAGAUGAACUCUGAAAUUCACUGCCAUCUGCUGCUCCAGUUCAAUCCAGUAUUACUGAUACAAAGGUACCUGCCUCCAGAGAAAACCUAGCGCUGAAAGCACUGAGAGUAACCACUCCAUUGAAUGAAUAUGCCAUGUGGGUGUGUUGAUGCUUGUGAAUUUCUGUAACUGUUCUUAUUUUAAAGCAAUGGGUCUGAUCUGUGUGACUCUGUAUCAGCUUUUUUAAUAUCUGCCAAGACCAGAUGUACGUGCAUAUAUGCAAAAAGGCCUGUAUUGCUGUGGAUGGGGCUGUGUGACCCUGGGGUAGAUUAAUAUUACAGAUGUUUACUGUGUAGUACGCUGCUCUUUGGUGCAGAAAUUCUCCCUGUCUGCCUGGGAAGAAGGCAGUGCUGUGGCUCAGGCUGAGAUGGCUUGUGGAUUAGGAGGGUGGCACAACAGGGCGCUCUCUCUCUUUUUCCCUUCUGUUAUGGAAAUGUUUAUUUGUUCUCUCUUUGUGUAGCUUCUCAAGCUGAAAUAAAAAUCACCCCAAAUAGAA